GUCGGGGUGUUGCCUGAAGGAAGGUGAAGAUGUUGAGUCUUCACAUCUUGCUCUCCAUGUGCUGUGCUUUGAGUUGUGUGACCAGUGAUAAAGAUGUGAUCACUGUGUUCGAAUAUGAGGAUAGUGCUGCAGUGGUUUCCUGUCCAUAUGCUGAAGGAUAUGAGGAUUAUGAAAAGUACCUGUGUAAGGACGACUGUAGUAGUGAUGAUGUUCUUAUUACGACAUCACAAAGAAAUACAUACAAAUACUCCAUCGAUGAUGACAAAAUAUCAAGAAUCUUCGAAGUGAUCAUCUCUAAUCUUAGUUUUGAGGACGCUGGGAAAUACUGGUGUGGAGUGACCAGAACAGGAAAAGAUAUCUACACUGAAGUAAAACUGGAAGUGGGAAAAGCAAUAAGGGAUUGUGACAAACCUGAGAUUACAAAUGGAUUUGCAGUUGGUCCUCUUGAAGAUAAAUUGUACUAUUCCUGUAAUGAAAAUUUCAAACUUCCUACCAAAAGCUGGUGGGGUGAGGCCACAUGUAAUGACGGUGCGUGGGACGAACUUCAUUCAUGUAUAGCUAAACACUGUGGACCACCACCCAAAGUUGAGAAUGCAGUCAUCACUGUGCCAUAUCAGACGGAAUACUUGGACAAUCACUCUGUGACUUAUCAGUGCCGUGAAAAGUAUAAAAUAGAGCAAGAAGCCUCCAUCACAUGCAGAAAUGGCAAAUGGGAAAGCAAGAACAUCAAAUGUAUCCAAUGGUGUGAAAAGCUCAGUGAUUCCCGACUGACAGUUGAGACAGCCAUGGAGAAAGAAGAAUAUAGGGAGGGAGAAGUGAUUCCGUAUAUGUGCACUGCUCCUGGUGUAACGGCAGGGGGCAACGCAACAUGUGAGAACGGCAAGUGGAAAAAAACUGAAGAAUGUCCAGGAAUUCCUUGUGAACUUCCACAAUUGGACCCUAAUCUUGGAAUUUUGGGUUCUGCACCCAGAGAUAAUCGAGUGAAAUCGGGAACUACAUUAUUAUUUGCCUGUGAGGAUGAAUAUGAUCUGGAGGGCUCUGAUGAAAUUCUGUGUUUAGAAACUGGGAAGUGGGAUGCCCCGUUGCCAACCUGUUCUGAGAAAUGCAAACGACCAGAAGUACCAGAAAAUGUGCGCAUCACUUCAUUUGUACAAGGCAAUGCUCUAAGUAAAGGAGAUAUAUUAUCAUUUGCUUGUAAUCGUGGUACGGACUUCAUGCAAGGAAGUGCAUCAAUUGAGUGUUUGGGAAACGGACAGUGGAGCGACCCCCCGCCACAGUGUGGAGCUCCUAUGGUUUGUUCAGCACCACCACGUCUUGCAGAUGGAGACACAAAAUCAUAUAUUGGCUCAGGUUCUGUGUUUCAACAUGGUGACAAAGUUGAAUACAUCUGUCAGCAAAUGUAUACUAUGAGCGAGGAACCAUUUAAAACCUGCAACAACGGAGUAUGGAUAGGAGACAUGAGAUGCCUCACGAACAACUGUGAAAUUGGCGGGCUGCAUCCUCGUCUGUACAUAGCUGGAAUACCAUCGACUGGUGAAGCGAUCGUAGCCGGACACAAGUUGCGUUUUUUCUGUGGAGCUGAUCAUAAACUGGAUGGCCCAGAAGAAAUCGAAUGUUUAGGAACUGGCCAAUGGAGCGCCUCCUUUCCAACCUGCUCUGCUCCUAUAGCUUGUUCAGCACCACCACGUCUUGAAGAUGGAGACACCAAAUCAUAUAUUGGCUCAGAUUCUGUGUUUCAACAUGGUGACAAAGUUGAAUACAUCUGUCAGCAAAUGUAUACUAUGAACGGGGAACCAUUUAAAACCUGCAACAACGGAGUAUGGAUAGGAGACAUGAGAUGCCUCAAACCCUGCACUGUGAACGAGCAGUUAAUGAACACACAUAAUAUUUGGGUUGCAUAUGGUUAUAGCAAUAAGCUAUAUGCGCCACAUAAGGAUCACCUUACAUUUGUUUGUAAACCAGGAACAAGACAUGUUGGCAGAGUACCAAUGCGUGUGGAGUGUAAUGAUGGGGAGGUGACCCUGCCCACUUGCCAAUAAAAGUCUUUGGAGAGCUUAAAAUAAAUAUGUAAUCACAAAAAUAUGUAAUUGACUUACUAAUGUAAAGACCUAUGUACCUUAUUGCUGCUGUGGUCAUUUUAAUACAAGUACUGCAUUUAGUCCUCUUCCUCUGCAUUUUUUAUGAAAACAUAAGAAAACAGAUGUAUCUAAAAUGCUUCCAAACAAAAAGAAAAAUAAAGAUGUCAUUCUUCAUAAGUGAAUUGCAUUUGUUCUUCAACAUGUCUGUCAAGAUAAAAGUUGCAAAAUAUUCAUGAAUGAAGCAACGGCACAAAUGACCUCUCUGUCAGUCUACAUAAUAUUGCAUUCGGAGCAUACUAAAAUCCUGAUAGAAACUUUUAUCCAGCUGUACGACAUAUUUUGUUGACUGUUUGAAAAGUAAAACCAUUUGACUUGA